AUGAUUAUUGAGGAAUAAAUUGAAGAAAAUUUGAUAUUUAAAGUCAUUAAUAGAAUAAAAGUGAAAUAUCAAAGAAAAAUAGACAGGUAGAUGAUACUAAAUAGAUUAGAUACAUUUUGUAUAAGAAGUCUAGAUGGUUUUUCAAUCUAUUAUUGAUUUUAUUGUAUGCUAAUAGGAUUUAUAAUAUUGGUGGAUUUUACAUUGUUACAUAUAUAUACUGUGUUUAUCAAUUGUAAUUAAUAAUUGAAUAUUUCACUCCUCUUGGUUUACCACCAGUUAAUUUUGAAGAUGAUGAAAAUGAAGAUGAUUAAUUCCAAAAUGAUUGUAAAGCUUUAAAAUUGAUAUGAAAAGUUGUGGAAUUACCAACGACGAUAAGUAAUAAGAAUGAAUUAAAUGAUAAAGAAUUUAGACCAUUGUUGAGAACAACAUCAGAAUUUAAAGCUUGGUAAAAGAGUGUAUUUUCAGUAAUCAUGGCUUAUUUGUGUACAUACAUACCAUUAUGGAAUAUACCUGUAUAUUGGCCAUUUUUAUUUGGCUAUUUCUUUAUUAUCGUUGGAAUGAGUAUACGCAAAUAUAUAAAGCAUAUGAAAAAAUAUGGCUAUACGAUUCUUGAUUUUACAAAAAAAAAGUGA